AUGAGCUCCCCGAUCGGAUUCGAAGGCUUCGAGAAGAGAUUGGAGAUCACGUUCUUCGAGCCGGCGGCGCUCCUGGACCCCGCCGGACGCGGCCUCCGAUCCCUCACCAGACCCCAGCUCGACGCCAUCCUCGAACCAGCGGAGUGCCAGAUCGUGGCGGCGCUGUCCAACGGGGCCGUCGACUCCUACGUCCUCUCCGAGUCCAGCCUCUUCGUCUUCCCCUACAAGAUCAUCAUCAAGACCUGCGGCACCACGAAGCUCCUCCUCUCCGUCCCCGCCAUCCUCCACCUCGCCGGAGACCUGCUCCGGCUGUCCGUGAAGGAGGUGAAGUACACCCGGGGGAGCUUCCUCGCCCCUGAGGCUCAGCUCUUCCCCCACCGCUCCUUCUCCGAGGAGGUCGCCGUCCUCGACGGCCACUUCGGCGAGCUCCUCCCCCACCGCCGCGCCUACGUCCUCGAGAGCGGCCCCUCCAAGAGCAAGUGGCACGUCUACUCCGCCUGCGCAGAGUCAUCCAUUAAGAAGCAGAAGAAGCCCAUCUUCUCCCUGGAGCUUUGCAUGACUGGACUGGAUCGGCAGCUGGCCUCCGUCUUCUUCCCCAGCGAAGAGGGCAUGACCGACGCCGCCGGCAUCAGGAGCAUCCUGCCGGGCGCGGAGAUCUGCGACUUCGAGUUCGACCCCUGCGGCUACUCUAUGAACGCCGUCGAGGGGGCGGCCAUCUCCACCAUUCACGUCACCCCGGAGGAAGGUUUCAGCUACGCGAGCUUCGAGGCCACGGGGUACGAUCUGGAGGAGGUCGACAUGGGCCCGCUGGUGGAGAGAGCGCUCAAGUGUUUCAGGCCGUCGGAGUUCUCCGUCGCCGUUCACUCCACUGUCCCCGGCGGCGACCUCCCGAGUUUCGCAGGGUACAAUGCCGGAGGUAAGAGCUUCCAAGAUCUCGGGAGGGCCGGUUCCCUGGUCUACCAGAGCUUCAGCGCCGUCGGUGGCGGCGCAUGGCUGGCGGCGGAAUCUGAGGAGCGACCUCACAAACAGCAGUAG